AUGUUGUUGCUGUUUACAUUCGUUUUGCCACCGUCUGCUUGCUUUUCCAUCGAUAAAACUGUUAUAGAUCUUGACAGUCAUUCCAAUUCUUUCGCUAAAGCAGGGAAAUAUUUUCAAUUUUCCUUGAAUAGUAGAAACAAAGAAAGGGGAAGAGAACCAAUGAACAACAACAACAGUGUUUUCAUGUUAAAGUGUUUUGCUGAGCAGAAUUACGAUGAAAAUAAUUACCUCAGAUAUGAGAGAACGUUGAAUAAUGAGCAAAGUUCUGAAAUAUGGGAAGAAAAGGGAAAUUAUAAUCAGGGCUUGGAAAUUAAAUCAAAACUAAUUUAA